UGUAUUUUAUCAACGAUCCUUUUAUCAAUUACGUACAUUGUACUUGGGCAGAUAAAAAUAUCCUCAAUCUUUGACUGGAUUCAAAUCAUUAUACAAAUUUCCAGCUUUAUUGUAUAUGAGUUUUGAGAAAAAAAAACUGGAUUUUUGGGGGGGAAAACGUGUUGUCCCGGCGAUCUCGUUACCGUUUGUAAACAAGAUGGCGGACUAAUCAUGGCGGACCAACUAUUAGUAAACACGGAACUCGAGUUAUAGCCCUCACUCUGAAAAACAUUACUUCUGAAACAGAAUCUUCCUGGAAACACGUAAUUUAGACAAGUGAAGAAAAUCUCAACUCAGCAAAAUGCCAGUUUUACACUUGCGAGAGGCAGAGCCUUUUUUGGCUUCAGAUCAAACUGUGAAAAUGGAAGAAAGCCUCCAAACUCACUUUAAAAAAGAAACAACUUAUGGGAUGGACAGAGUAAGCCAGAGACGCAUUUCCAGAAGAACAACCUCUCUGAUUGUCAGUGACACAUUCAUUCUUAUACUGGAGAUGCUUCAGCUGUUGGCUCUAAUUCAGUCUAUGUCUUUGCGAUGGGCGUGGCCAGAGACAUGGAUAAAAUAUGUCAACUUCAUUCUCAUCUUCAAUCUGGAUGCUUGGGACUUUGUCAAAGUUCAGAGUGGAGCAUACAAACAACUGCAAGCAGCUGAAACCUUGAGUAGUAAAAUUCCAGUGAGUUACAACUAUAUACUGCUUGCAUGGGGACUCUUUGUUCUGGUUUCAGCCGCAAUUUUUCUCACUGUUUUUCUUAUCCUUCAGCGACGUCAGCCCCCAUAUCUGAUGGUGCACAAAGCCAAGAUGGAAAGGGUCUUUCUAAUAAUGGCUCAAAUCUUAACACUACCUGUAGGAACAGUCAUGUUCAGAUUGUUUCACUGCGCUGGAAAUGGGAAAAUGGCUGUUUUUGAUGACAUCACGUGUCAUGAGGGUUUGUACUGGGCCUACUUUAUUCCGGCUGUCUUUGGAAUCAUUGCUGUGUUUGGCGUGAUACCAGCCUGGAUGGUCUACAGAAUCAGAAGUCAGAAAUUGGCAGCAUCCACUGCACAUCACGAGAACUACAUGAAACUGAAGGAAGUGGAGUACAUGGCUGGGCUAGAUGUUGUUUGGGCAGUCCAAGGUUUCAACCUAUUUUCUUCUUUCCGCCUACCAGCAGCAUUUUACAGGCCAGUGGUUGUGCUUGCGAAACUGAUUAUCUUGAUAAUAUUUUCUGCGGCUUACACAUCAAUCUACAACCAAUCUGUGGCCCUGGCUGUGAUUUUAUGCCUGUAUGCUCUGUCAGUUCCUCUGGUACGCCCUUUCAGGGUGAUGAGUUUCAAUGUGGCUUUAGGUCUGUCCCUCGGAUGCCUUGCUGGAGAUGCAGUCUUUGGAGCUGUCAUAGCGUCAGUGACUCCUGCAACAGUCGAGAGCCCUUGGUUGGUUGAGCCUUACAGCUACUGGAUACUGAUUGGCAUAAACAUAAUCAUGGUGCUGACAUUGAUUAGCUGGAUUGUGUACAUGAUUUCAAGACACUGUUGCUGCCGUACUUGCUAUCCUAAUGACCCUCUCUGGCCUAUACUCACGUCAUACGGAUAUGAGGUGGAAGGGAUGGAGACAUACAAGUUCAUGGCUGCAGUUCUCAGAGGCAGAGCUGUCCUGGAUUCAUGCAUUAGGGCACCUACAGUGUUUGCCCCUGUACAUCAGCUAGCUCGCCAGAUUGAGAUCAUCAACGCAUUCUGUCGCGAGGCAGAGAAAACAGGAGACAGUCUUCACACCACUCUACUGCAGCUUCUAGAUGACAUGACUGAUGUGUUCCGACGACUUGAGCCUGUUUCCUUGUUCGCAGAAACUGUGAAGGAAAACAUCCGUCAGAACGCUGCUCGUUUUGUUGAGAUGAUGCCAGCUUUUGCUCAGCGCCUGGCCCAGAGGGACUAUGACUUGAUUUUGGCUCAUCCCGUGAGAAAGAGGCUACUUUUCAAAAUGUCCAUGAUAGGUAUGUUUAUCAGUGGCUCAAGGAAAAAGCCAGUGACAGACACUCUGACACAACGAGCUCUGCUCAACAUAUGGGAGGAAGCCCCUGAUGUUGUGGAACCAAAGCAUGAGGUGGAGUAUGGGGAAGAGCUGUACCCCGAGCCUCUGACUGGUCCUGAUGCAGAGACGCUGUACCUGUCCGGGACCGUGGACAGACCGCUGGAGCUGAUGGAGCUGGAUGAUAGUGAGGAAGAGGAGAGUCUGGCUGUGUUUUUGGGUCGUGUUCCUCCUGUGCUCAUGAUGAAAGACGAACAAUCAAGAUCGGGAUCUCUGGCAUCACUGCGAGCGGCAUCAGCCUUAGAAGAGACUGGCCCAGGACUUCAAGAGCCAGUAGCUGGCACACAUCAACAACAAGAUACCCCAGAGGUCAGUGGACAUCUUGAUGGAAAAGCCGAACUGAAUACUGAACUGGACCAAGGUUUCACCAAUCCAGGUUUCAUUCCAGAUUCUGAAAUUGGGUUUGAGCAAGGUUCUUCUGGCUCUGUCAAGUCAAACGAGGAGGGACGUGGAGACCAGGCACUCAUUAGUGAGACUUUUGGGGAUGGAAGAGUUGGUGCCGAGACUGCUGGCCCAUCAGAUAAGCAUGGCCUUGGGCUGCAAGAACUUGAGCAAGAAGGAAAUAUUGGGAACAGCGAGGGAGUUGAAGAAGUUAUGACUGCAGAAGAAGAGAUGGCGGCAGAUAAUGAAAUGGGAGGUGACCAAAGUGGAGAGAGUGGGAGGUUAGAGGGGAAUGAGAUGGGUCAAGGGUCACUCACUGAACAGGCCGAACCAAGUUUAGCCAGCAGUGGUGAUCAGCAGGGUUCAGGUGAAGGUCUUAUACACUUAAAAGAUCACACAGCUGGGGAGUCAUCAACUGAUCGUUAGAAGGAAAGGAAAAGAUCUCAUACAUUUGCAUUUUUCUAAGUUGUUUUUUGAGGGGGUUUUGUUAUAUGUCUUGCUUCGUUAAAAAUGUUUGUAAGCCUUUUUAAUUUUUAGUACAAGCAGGCUUGAUCCUUUAGUUAAAUUGUCAACUUUUUUUUUCUCUUGGAAAUAAAAAAACAAUAUAACAGAAAGAAGACCCCAAAAUUUAUGGCGAUGAAGAGAUUUGCAAAUCAAUGGAGAAACUAGAGGAUGAGAAGGGUGUAAGAUGCUUACUGAGCAUGGUGUGGCAAUGGCAGUGUGAAUAUUGGACACAAUAUAGAUUCUGUACCAUUUGGAUAUAGCAACCAUCAUUUGCCAAGCCUUUAAACAUCUUUUGAUA